AUGGUAAGCCUCAAAGUCGAGUUGCCCGUCAUGCGAACUUCGAUUGUUGCAAAGAUUCAAUACGCUGGCGUAGCAGUCUUUCUCUCUAUCCUCGGCGCCGCAGCUGUGGAUAGAGGCGGGCCAGAAAUCUCGAGCAAGCCACCGAGCUGGGUAACCUACAGUCCACCACCCGUAUCAAGCACCAUUAUAACGACCACAUCAAAUAUCACUACAUCACUCGAGUCUCUUUCGUCUCCCGCGGCCAUAUUUAGCACCAUUCCUUCGGCCCGGUCCAAUAGCUCUUCCAUAAAUGCGGCAACCAACCCAAGUCUGGUUCCGAGCACGAUCCUAAUAGCCUCAACUUCGCCGUUCCCAAGCUUGCCAUCAUAUACAUUUUCCAUCGAGAUAAGCAACCAACGCCAACACGUCGGCCGAUGGUACGGCCGUUACAUAUCUAGCGACAUAAACAAGUUACUCAAGAACCGCUGCGAUGAUGACAAAAUAGGUGCCAACACGUGCAAGACUUCAAAGGAAAAAUUCGAUAACAUCGAGUACUCCAAUCAGGUCGGCAUAGUGGAAAAAGGCAUACAGGUUGUCGAAGUAAGUGUCGAGAGUGACUACAUCCCUGGGAAACACGAAGGAGGGGUUGACUACAACGGAAAGUCGCUGCAGAAUGCGUUCAUCAGCCAAAUCGCCUACACGUUUCAGCUUAGUGGUGAGGACGAGAAGAACUGUUACAGAUUCGAUCGGAGAUCGACAGUGUGCACUUUCUGCAAGAUCUGUAUUCCCGAUGGAAGGGAUCGCGUGACCAGGUGGUGUAAUGCACCCGAGUAUGUUCGAGUAAGCGUCAAGAAUGGAGAGGGGAAAGAGGUUGCGCAUAUGAAGGUUGUGCUCAAGUUCACGGGCACAACAGACAAAGGGAAAUUCGAUUGCAUGGCCAUCAAGGAAAGUGUGAAGAGAAGUGCGCGAGAUGACAGGGCGCAGCAAAACAAGCCGUGGCGCAACGCGGAAAAAGGUCGCAAAGGCAAAGGCAAAAGAGGCAGAAUGGGCCAAGAUGAAUCGCGGGUAGUAGACCCUACUGCACCACCCCAAACUCUAGAAGCACGUACUUUGGAGGCUUUGGCACAAUAUAUCAAGGAUGGGCGCGCGCAAAAGAUUGUUGUCAUGACAGGUGCGGGCAUAAGUACUUCAGCCGGCAUACCAGACUUCAGAUCACCAGAAACCGGCCUAUACGCCAACCUCAGUCGCCUGAACCUGCCAUAUCCCGAAGCCGUCUUCGACAUCGAUUUCUUCCGCAAGACCCCAGAGCCCUUCUACGCUCUCGCUCAAGAACUAUACCCCGGAAGAUUCAGGCCGACGAUAACACAUUCCUUCAUAAGCUUGCUGCAUCAAAAGGGGCUGCUGUUGAAGCUGUUCACACAGAACAUUGAUUGUCUGGAGCGCGAGGCUGGAGUCCCCGGCGACAAGAUUAUCGAGGCGCACGGCAGUUUCGCAUCGCAAUGUUGCAUCGAAUGCAAGAAGUCGUAUCCCAAAGAGCGCAUGAACGAAGCCAUCCGCGACAAAUCAGUGCCUCGCUGUGUCGAUUCGUCCUGUAACGGCCUCGUCAAACCCGAAAUCGUCUUCUUUGGGGAACAAUUACCCUCCGCCUUCUUCGACAACCGUAGCCUCCCCGCACAAGCCGACCUGUGCAUAGUCAUGGGCACGUCGCUCAGCGUACACCCCUUCGCUUCGCUGCCGCAACUUUGUGAAGACCAAACCCCGCGUCUGCUUAUAAAUUCGGAGAGGGUUGGUGAUAUGGGCCAACGAACCGAUGACGUGCUGCUACUGGAAGAUUGCGAUAGUGGCGUGAGGAAGCUGGCAGAGGCCUGCGGGUGGCUGGGUGAACUAGAAGCGCUUUGGGCUACCACGGCACCGGUAUCUGAAGAAGAUCCAGUGGCGCCUAGGAAAGAAGUCAAGAAGAGCCACGAUGAGUUGUUGGAGGAUGAAGUCGAGAAGCUUACGCGGGAGGUGGAGGAAAACCUGAGGUUGAAUCAAGCAGAGCAUGAAUGGCUUGAUAACCACGUCGAUAACAAGCUGGCAAGGAAACACGAAGAGGUGCAGGUCGGAGACCGUUCUGCGACUGAACUCCAACCAACUGUCGACCCGGAAUCUAGGAUAGGUCCAAGCGAGUCCAAAACGAACCCAGGAGGUGCGUUGUAUGCGAGGCAACAAGGCCACCCGUUCCAGAAAGCGCGCACUGACGCCUGCCUAAAUCCUUAUAUCCGAGUCUGCAUCUUUCUUCCUCCACACCCGGACCUCGCCCUCAAUCUCUUCAAAGACACAAGCAUGUCACCAAUCACCGAUCUACCUACCGAAUUGCUGGAGUACAUAGUCCUCGAUCUUGAAUCCCGAGAUGCUGUCAAUCUGGCCCAAACAUGCAAGACGCUCCACACUGUCGCUCUACCAGCAGCUUACAACGCCAUCACCCUGCUUUGGGACAACACAAGCGAAGACGGAGGGACUGUUGACGGCCGAAAAGGACCCAAGAUACAAGCUUUGGUUCGCACAUUGAAAAAGAAGCCCCAAUACAUCGACUGGGUCAAAAAUCUGGAAUUUAUUGCGGAGAAUUGUCUAGAGUACAAUUUUGAAGACGUCCUCGGCUAUGGCUUCCCAAGAAUUGACUACGAUAUGAAGGAUGAAGAAUGGAUGGACGAGAUGUUCAGUAUCUACACGGGUUCUAAAGACGCAUCGGUUCAGUGGCCCGAGUUAGACGAUGAUUACGCCAGGCACAUGUUGGUCGCGCUGUUGGUUGGUAUUUGCCAAGCUCGUCUCGAAUCUUUGACCAUAGCAUGGGAGUUCUUCCCAUUCAAUGAAUGGUUUCCUACGAUGAUGAAGCAUGGAAUCGCGGAGAAUGCUGCAGCGUCUGGAACAGGAGAUGGCGGGCCAACGUGGUUCGCUAACUUGAAAACUGUACGCGUUACGUUGGAAGAAUCGGAUAUGGCCGAAGCGUGGGGACAGAAUUUUUUGGAACCGCAAGGCGCUCUUCUGCUUUUCUUCUACCUGCCAGUGGUUGAGUCGCUCCAGAUUAUUGCGUGUUCGGAGAGAGAUGACUAUGGCAACGUAAGCAGCAAGGAAGAGGGAGCUGAUCUCUCAUUUGAGUGGCCACUAGAAAUACCUCCUAUUCCACGUACACUGACUACUCUGCGCCUUAUUCGCUCUUCGAUGGACCCACUCACCAUUCAUCAUCUGCUCAGGCAGGCUACGAAUCUCAGGGUCUUUGAAUACGACUGCUAUACACACCCAGACUUCGCGCCUCUACAGUUGUCGAUAUUAAAGGAGGCACUGCGACACAUUCACUCUACGCUUACCGAUCUAAUUGUGCGCUACCAACACUACAAUUCCGAAUUAGCAUAUGUCCCUGCACGUGAAACCGAAAACGCAGUGGAGGGCAGCCUAGGUCCUUUACACGAUUUCCCCGUGCUCACCAACUUGACCAUAUCUUUUCCAGUGCUGUUUGGUACCGAGGCUGCUGCUCUGGACCGUACACUUAGUCUUGCGAAAUUUCUUCCCUCGACCCUAGAGACGUUGACGAUUACGGAUGAUCUCUGGGAGUACGAAGAUCUAGAAGGAAAAUUCGAAGAUGUCUAUGCCAUGGCUUUUUUCCGACAAUACCUUGCUGGUGAAAGACCGAGGGGAAAGUGGAUCUAG